AUGGCUUUAACACCUGAAAAUGGUAUUGUUUCUGCGAACUCUGUCAAGGUUGAGAAUGGAGGAGGAGGAGGAGGAGGAGUUUCACUUGUUCGUCUCAUCUGUGUGGAUACAUCCGGACAACACAGAUGCCGUGUUAUUCCAGAAAAGCGCUUCAGUGAUGUUGUAGCGAAGAACGGUGUCGACUUGACUGUGUUAAUAAUGUCACUAAGAUCACUUUAUGAUGCUCCAGCAGAUGAGAGUGGUCUAGGUAGUGGAACCGGUGUGAUCAGACUUAUGCCUGAUUUGUCAACUAGGAAGCGAAUUCCAUGGUUGGCAGGAGAGGAAAUGGUUUUGGCUGACAUGUAUCUUGGACCUGGUGAACCAUGGGAGUAUUGCCCAAGAGAGGCCUUACGACGGGUUUCAAGAGUUCUAAAGAACGAAUUUGACUUGGUAAUGAAUGUAGGAUUUGAAAUUGAGUUUUUGCUCUUGAAAAAGGUAGAAAGAGAAGGGAAAGAAGAAUGGGUGCCAAUUGACUCAAAACCCUAUGGCUCUACCUUAGGAUAUGAUGCUGUUGCCCCAUUAUUUCAUGAAAUCGUCACUGCUCUUCACUCCUUGAAUAUUAUGGUGGAACAGAUACAUGCUGAAGCAGGGAAAGGUCAAUUUGAAAUAGUCUUGGAGUAUGGAGAAUGUACAAAAACUGCUGAUAACUUGAUUUUUGCCCAUGAAGUAAUUAGAGCUGUUGCCAGGAAACAUGGGUUAUUGGCAACCUUUGUGCCAAAGUUUGCAGUGGACGACAUUGGCUCUGGUUCCCAUGUACAUGUCAGUUUGUUCCAAAAUGGACAGAAUGUUUUCAUGGCAUCUGAUGGAUCCUCCCGCUACGGAAUGUCAACUAUCGGGGAGGAUUUCAUGGCAGGGGUUCUGCAUCAUCUUCCUUCAAUUUUGGCCUUCACGGCUCCAAUUCCAAACAGUUAUGAUCGACUACUACCCCACAUGUUUGCUGGAGCACACCAAUGCUGGGGUAGAGAAAACAAGGAAGCUGCUAUAAGGACUGCUUGCCCAGCUGGAAUUGAACUCGGCCUAGUGAGCAACUUUGAACUUAAGUGUUUUGAUGGGUGUGCAAAUCCAUACUUGGCUCUGGCUGCUAUAAUUGCCGCCGGCAUUGAUGGUCUCAGAAAGCAUCUUCCUCUGCCUGAGCCUGUCGAUGUAGACCCUUCUAUAGUUGAAAAUGUUGCAAGAUUGCCUCAGUCACUUUCCGAGUCUUUGGAAGUUCUUAAAAAAGACAAAGUCAUGGAUGAGCUAAUUGGAGAAAAGCUUUUGGUUGCUAUAAAAGCAGUUCGCAAGGCAGAAAUUGACGACCACUCAAAGAGUCCAGAAGCAUCCAAAGAAUUGAUACACCGGCUAAACCAACUGCUACAUCUAAUAUGCGAUGGAACCACCAACUCCACUUUGUUUGCAGAGUCUGUUUACAAGGCGGAUGCGUCUGAUAUGAAACAUGUUACUUUCGACAAAAAAUCGAUUGGAAGCAGCAUUGUUUGCCCACUGCUGUUGGAUCCACCGGAGCUCAACACAAAUGCUGAUUCAGAGAAGAUACAGACUGAACAAUCUUGA